AUGUCUUCCCUCGCUGCUUUGCAUCAAGGGCUCCUUCCCAUCCUUACGCCCAUCCACCCUUCGUUUCCAUUCGCCAUAAUAGACCUUAUUGGUGCGAUGCGUCUAUCUUCAGUGAUAAACUGGAUAGCAAGCGGAGUCUUUGAUCCUCUGCCACUUACCACACCGAGUAAGGGGAGAAAGAAGUAUGGCGCCACGAAAGAAAGAGCGACGUUAUGGCAGGAAUUAGUAGGAUUGAUGAUCGUGGUUUUCGGUGGAGAGACGUUUCUGUCAAUGUGCACAGGAUCAACGCCUUCUUGGCUUGUCAAUCCUAAUAUCGCUCUGUUGUUUUGCGUGAUUCACACCAUCCAGACACGCACUUCUUUCAUACAUCUUCUACCUCAGAAACCAUCCCUACCGCUCGAGCUAUUCCUGGCUCUUCCAGAUGCUAUCGGUCGUACCCUUCUCUUGACUCGCUUCUCGAUAGUCCCAAUACUUCACCCUACAUCACCCAGAACACUGCCUGCUACAACCGCAACUUUGAUCCUCGUGCCAUUCAUUCUCGCAGUCCCUUUCGCUUCGAUUUCAUUCAGCACAUUCAACUUCUUCUCACCUUCUCUGAGGCUCACCACUCCUGCUGAAUUAGCUCCCAAAGGAUGGAUGUUAGUUGAUGCCUGGUGUCCACUCCUCAUCGCACCCUUAUUUCUGACUUUGAUCGGUCCAGUGGACGGAUGGGACUAUGGAUUGGGUCUGGGAGAAGAUGAGAGUGUAGCAGCUUGUGUUAUAGUUCUAUGGGGGUGCUUCACAGCGAGAGCAGUAUACAAUUUUGGCUUUAGAAAACAGGAUUGGGCGAAUCUGUUUGCAUCAGAGGAGAAGAAGAAGAUUGAAUAG